UAAAUCAGAGGGAAACACUUAUCUCUGAUUCUUCGUUUUUUCCGUCCAGUAAUCUCGCAGCUAUCUUUAUGCAUAUAUUUAUAUACAGCUCCUUGGCGUACAGCUUUCAGUGUGCUUGAGCUUUAACUUUUUAAAGCUUCUUAUGCAGCCAUCCUUUGUUCUUUAAGUUUGUGUUCAGUGGGAAUUUCUUUUCUUGAUAUUUUUUGGUUGAGUUUUGUUCUCGAUCUGCUUGGAAACCUCUGCAGAUAUCCAAGCUCUGAACAAAAACAUGGCGGGUUUCUGGUUAUUUACCGUUUUGUUUAUGUUUCUCUCUUGUGGUUUGGCUUCCGCUAAGAUAUGCACAAACGCUUUUCCUGAGAGUUCAUCGCAUUCUCUUAGAUACGAACUCUUAACAUCCAAAAAUGAAACCUGGAAACAAGAGAUUUUCUCGACUUACCAUAUGAAACCAGCUCAUUAUCAUCCUUACGAUUCUUCCAGGAAGCUGUUGAGUGAGGAAGAUGAUGACAACUGGGCAUCAUUAAUGUACAAGAAACUUAAACUUCCGGGCACAUUUCAAUUUCCUGGAAAAAAAUUUCUUACAGAAGUCUCAUUGCAUGACGUUAGACUGGAUCCCUAUUCAUUGCAUUGGAUUGCACAGCAAACAAAUUUGGAGUAUCUGUUGUUGCUUGAUGUUGAUAGGUUAGUUUGGAGCUUCAGAAAAACUGCUUGUUUGCCUACACCUGGAAAGCCUUAUGGAGGCUGGGAAGCACCAGAUGUUGAGCUCCGGGGUCAUUUUGUAGGGCAUUUUAUGAGUGCUACUGCAAAAAUGUGGGCAAGCACUCACAACGAUACUCUCAGGGAAAAAAUGUCAGCAGUGGUGUCCAUAUUAUGUGAGUGUCAGAGAAAAAUGGGAACUGGGUAUCUUUCUGCUUUUCCAACCGAGCAAUUUGAUCGCGUUGAAGCUUUAAUACCUGUUUGGGCUCCUUACUACACCAUUCACAAGAUCCUGGCGGGUUUGUUAGAUCAAUUUACUUUUGCUGGAAAUGAUCAAGCUUUGAAAAUGACCAUACGGAUGGCUGACUAUUUCUACAAUCGUGUUAAGAAUGUCAUAAAGAAGUACAGUAUCGAAAGACACUUUCAGUCUCUUAAUGAAGAAUUUGGUGGCAUGAAUGAUGUUCUUUACAGGUUGUUCAGCAUCACGAAAAAUCCAAAGCACUUACUGUUGGCUCACCUCUUUGACAAACCAUGCUUUUUGGGGUUGCUUGCUGUACAGGCUAAUGACAUUUCUGGUUUCCAUAGCAACACUCAUAUCCCAAUUGUUAUUGGAGCACAAAUGCGGUAUGAAGUCACCGGUGAUGAACUUUCCAAGGCAAUGGGGAUAUACUUCAUGGACAUUAUCAACUCUUCUCUCAGUUAUGCAACAGGAGGAACAUCAUCAGGAGAAUUCUGGAGCGAUCCAAACAGAAUGGCAACCACUUUAGACACAGAAACAGAAGAAUCAUGCACAACUUAUAACAUGUUGAAGGUUGCGCGCAACCUGUUUACAUGGACAAAAGAAAUGGCUUAUGCAGAUUAUUAUGAAGGCGCCCUGACAAAUGGAGUCAUGGGUAUCCAACGAGGAAGAGAACCUGGAGUGAUGAUUUACAUGCUUCCUCUCAAUCGUGGAAAUUCCAGGGCAGUGAGCUACCAUGGAUGGGGAACAAAGUUUGAUUCUUUUUGGUGCUGUUAUGGCACAGGGAUUGAAUCAUUCUCUAAGUUGGGAGAUUCCAUAUAUUUUCAAGAGGAAGGAAAGGUUCCUGGCCUUUACAUCAUCCAGUUUAUAUCAAGCACAAUCAAUUGGCAACUUGGGCAGUUUACGCUCUAUCAGAAUGUUGAUCCUUAUGUUUCUUGGGAUCCUUUCUUGAGAUUGACACUGACAGUCACUUCGAGCAAGGCAUGUGACGAAUCCUCCCUGAUUUUGCGGAUACCAUCUUGGACACAGUCAAGUGGUUCUAAGACAAAAUUGAAUGGCCAGAAAUUGCCUGUACCAGCUCCAGGUAAUUUUCUACAUGUGACAAAAAAAUGGAGCUCUGGUGACAAAUUAACUCUUGAGCUACCCAUCACUUUCAGGACCGAACCUAUUAAAGAUGAUCGGCUGGAAUAUGCUUCUCUACAGGCGAUACAUUUCGGUCCUUUUCUGCUUGCUGGUCACUCAAAUGGGGACUGGGACAUCAAGGCUGCUGCAGGGCGUCCUCCUUCUGAAUGGCUAAGUCCAAUUCCUGCCUCAUACAAUGAUCAACUAUUUACAUUUUUCCAUGGCUCUGGAGACUCAACUUUUGUAAUAACAAACUCAAACCAAUCAAUAACAAUGGGAAGACUCAAUAUAUCUGGCACUGAGGCUGCUCUUCAAGCCACUUUCAGAAUCAUCCCCACUGAUCCAUCCACCAAAUUCUCAUGCAUCAAAGACAUCAUCGGCAAAUCCAUCGUGCUAGAACCAAUUGCUUUUCCAGGAAUGCUUGUAGCUCAUCUAGGAAAAGAUAACAUACUUGCUGUCCAGGAUGCUUCCAGUGCUCAGUCCUCUACUUUCCAUUUGGUUUCAGGAUUAAAUGGAAAGGACACAGUAUCCUUGGAAUCAGAAACUCAUAAGGGUUGCUUUGUAUAUAGCUGCAGGAACUUGGAAAUAAAGCUCAGCUGCAACUCUGGAUCAUCAGAUGCCAAAUUCAGCGAUGCUGCUAGCUUUGUAACAGGGAAAGGACUGAGCCAAUAUCAUCCUAUUAGCUUUGUUGCCAAAGGAGUGAGGAGGAAUUUCCUUCUGGAGCCGUUGUACAACUUUAGAGAUGAGUAUUAUACAGUUUACUUCAACAUGACAACUUGAGAAGUUAAAUGUUUAGGAGUAGAGAGGCCAAUAAAUUAUCAUUGUUCUUUAAUUUUCCCAUUCCUUGUAAAAUCGUGUGCAUAAUCAAUAAUGUGCUUCAUGGUCUACCUUGAUAAUUUUCUAAUGAAUGUUGAAGUUGAUCUAGAUUAAUUCUCUGUUAA